GGCAUCUCUGCUCCUCCAAAACGCAAAAACAUAACACCUCCAAAAAAUAAAAAAUCAUCAUUUUCAACAAAUGAAAAUUUAUCUUCUACUGAAUCAUGUAAUGAAAGUAGUUUACAAGAAUUUCGGUUUGCACCACCUAUUAAUGAAAUUGUAGAUGAUAAUAAUGAUACUCAACAAUCUUUUAAUAUAAUUAAAGUUGAUGAUAAUAAUGAUACUCAACAAUCUUCUGGUGAGACUAUAAUCGAAGAUAAUAAUAAUACUCAUCAAUUUUUGGAUGGGAUGAUAAUUGAAGAUAAUAAUGAUACUCAUCAAUUUUCAGAAACUUUUUACUGA